CGUCUGUCGGGGGAAAAACAGUUGACAGGAGCGAGAAGUAGGCCGAAUAGGAUAAACAAAGCAAAUAUAUGAAAAAGAGCUUAGACGACUUUAAUAUUUGUCAUUAUUUUUCAUGUUUAAAAUGAGUAGCGCUUUUCUAAAGUUGUGUUGGGUGUGUUAAGGCGGAAAGUUUGUCGAAAAGAGGGCGUACACCUGUCGAACCGAAAUAGGUUAACGAAGCUAACCUGCGUUAGCACGUUAGCGUGCUAGCUGGCUGUUUGAACCCGAGCAGGUGUGCCAGGUGGCCCGCCAGGCAGCCAUGUCCUCCCCUUCGUCGUCGUCCAGGCGCCAGUGGUGCUACUUGUGCGACCUGCCGAAGAUGCCGUGGACCGUGGUGUGGGACUUCAGCGAGGUGGUCUGCCGCGGUUGCGUUAACUACGAGGGGGCUAACCAGAUCGAGUUCCUGAUAGCAAGUGCCCGCCAGCUGAAGCGGAGUCACGGCAUGCAGGACGGCAACGUGAGGUCGCCCGGCCCCUCUCCCAACAAACACGGCUCCUUAGCCAGAGCAGAGCCGGGGCCGGACGGCGGCAGGCAGCACGCCGAGCGCUUUGAGCGGGGAGGCAGAGGGGAAGGCGGCGGGACGACGAUACGCGUGCCGCCCAACGGGCUCCACCGCGACGGACAGCCGCCCCAAGAGGUGAAUCGCCAGAGCCCCAGUAGCAGCCGGAGACCCAUGAUCGGAGCCGCCAUCCCGCCCAAUCUGGUGUCUCAAAGCAUUGCGGGAAUGCCUGGGCUGCUAGCGAGCAUGCCAGCGGGUCUGACCGCCAGGACAGCGCCGAUGAGCAGCCCGAUGAUCUUCCCGGGGCCAGUGCUGGCCGAGAUGAGCCGCAGACAGCUGGGGAUCGGGAUCUCCUCCUUCAUCACCCCGGAGCUGGAGCGGGAGCUCAUUUCCUCCCAGGCCAAGUCCCAGACUCAGACCCAGGCUGGCGGCAGCAAGAGCACAAGUCUGUCUUCUUCGUCUUUUUGCAUGGCUGGAGGUGUGAGCCAGACGAGCCCGAAGCCCGCUUCGUCCCCGGCCAGGCAGCAACGGCCCCCGACGGCCCGGUCCGGAGCCGAGCCUCUGGGCUCCGCGGAGGCAGCCACGACUGCUGCGGCGUUACCCAACAACGGUGCCUCCGAGCUGGGAUCGGCAUCUGUCAGCAACACCCAUCCGACCGGAAACACGCUGUCCUGCACGCUGUGCCACGAGCGGCUGGAGGACACACACUUUGUCCAGUGUCCAUCAGUGCCUGGCCACAGGUUCUGCUUCCCCUGCACCAGAGUGUACAUCCAGAGCCGGCGGGGCGACGGCGAGGUGUACUGCCCCAGCGGAGAGCGCUGCCCGCUGGAUAACUCCCCCAACAGCCCACCCUGGGCCUUCAUGCAGGGAGAGGUCUCUACCAUCCUGGGCGCCGUUCCGGCUCCGGCGGGAUCCGCGUCGGCAGCGGCAUCUGGAGCCGGUUCGGGGUCGGGAAGUGCUCCGGUGUCUGGAUCAGGGAGCGGAGCAGCUGGCGGCGCAAGUGGAGGUGGAUCAGGAGGAGCAGGAGGAGGAGGAGGAGGAGGAGACGUCACUGUUAAGAAAGAGAGAGAGACGUGAUGGUGACGUGGACCGAACAGCAGCAGCAGCAGAUUUGGAAUCAGUAUAAGAGAUGUCUACACUGGACUGCUGAGGGACCCAGAAAAGAAACACAACAACCAACAAAACCAGAAAUCCUCCACUACACAGGUUCCUACUCCUCUAACUUCAGUUUGAACAGUUCAGAAGUUUCUGUUUUUCUCCAUAAUUUCCCUUUAAAGAUCAAUUUUCUCACUUGAAAAGGACUUGAUAUAUUAGUUGUCCUCAUUUAAAACGAAUGAAAUUACAUUUCUACUGACCGAGUCGACUCUCCAGCACAGGUCAAACGACCCAAUCUAAACAUUAUAACAUUAUAAUUGAGUUUUUGCUGCAUCCUCAGUGAUGCAAAGGUGCUAAACGUCACAUUAGAAAAGCACCACAGCAUGUUGAUUUAUGUCUCCAUAGCCUCAAACAUAACAAUCCAAGUGCUUGGCUUUGUUUCUGUUUGAUAAACUCAAGUAAAAAAGGUUAACCUGCACUGGCUCAGUGACUGAGAUCACACCAACACACCAGAUUUAUAGUUGCUCUGUGGCCGAAAAUCAAUUAAUUCAGUAAUGUUUAGGAGACGAAAGUCAGAUAAAACUCUUCGCCUUCUAACCUGACCGUCUUUCUUCUGUACACAACUGCAUAUUGUUUAUUUUUCUGAAUUUUAUAACUGAUCGUCCCCUAGAAACCAAAAGGACUCGACAGAAACACAACAAAGCUAACAAUAAUUGUGCAUUGUAGAGAAAUUUAGCAAUUUUCAUACUUUUGCAGUAGAAAACAGGAAAGAAAAAUGGAUCAAGCUUAACGUUUUAAUCUUUAAUUGAACUCAAAUGAUAAAAACGUGAAAACAAAUUAUUCUUACUGUGUGGAAGUUGGAAGAAACAACUGUUUCUGAAUUAAUUUUUAAUAUUUGUUUCAGAAACGAGCCUAAGAUGCUAACAUGUCGCUACUCACGUAGGGGAAGUUUAAUAUUUUUCUUAAUCUCUUGAGCAAAACGAAGUCAAACGCUAAUUAAAACGCCAACAAUUCACAUUUUCCCUCAACUGUAAUUAAACAGAAAUACUUUUGCAACAAGAGGCUCAAAAUGUUCUUUUCUGAUCAGUUAGCGAUCCAGAAAUACCACCUGAUCGUGCUGACAACACUCUUCAGUGUGGAAGUUAUUAUUGCAGGAAGCACAGAGAACUGGACUUGGUAUUUUGUUUUCUGCCUUCAAAACAUUUCAUUGAACUGAAGGAGAAGCAGACUGUCCAGAGGCUGAAUUAAUAAGUUAUCAAACAGUUUGAUUAUAUUGGAGCGAAGUUGCUCUGUUUCACACUUUAAAACUGCCUUUUGCCUGAGUUUAAAGGGUUGGGAGCCUUUUGGAAACCUAACUAGGCGUUUUGUAGGGAAUCUGACAUGCUAAUAGCUAAAGUAAAGAUAAUUUAAAAUGGCAGAAAUCAAAUGAGUAAAACACUGUUUUACAGUGACCUCUCACUCCUGCACGCUGUUGGAUGUUACCUUUGCUACAGGUUUUAACGCUGUUAACUGAAGUCGGUAUAAUUGGAGCCCCUUGCAAUAAAUUGGCUGAGAAAUCUGAAACGGAUGCCAUAUUGGGAGGUAACAGGCCACGACAUUUUUGUUCUUAUUUACUUUAGGCCAGCUAUACGUUAGCACUCUGCUGAGAAACCCUGAGUGAAGUCCCUCCCUCCAAACCUUCUUGGUGUCAAACAUUUGUGCAGCAAAAAUUUUCAUUGGUGCUGCUAUUUUUUUAGAUAAUAAGAUAAAAGUUUCUUGAGGUCAUCAUUAAUAUCUUCAAAGCAAAAGGAGCACAAACAAAACAUUUUACUAAGCUUUUUACACUAUUUGUUUGUGUAAAUGUAGUGAAUUAUGGCAGCACAAACAAGACAUUUUUGCUACACAAAGGCAGCACAAAAAUGUAACAUUUUGUGGUUGACCUUUUGACCUUUAAGCAGCACAAAUAAAAAGGUUUGCUGCAUAAACGUUACACUCUAAUUUUGCUAUUGUUUAAAAAAGUUAGGUGGUGGCUGGUUGACCUUUCACAAUCUGGAAAUAUUUUUUAAUAUCCUUAAAAUGUCAGCGGCACAAACUAAAAUCUUUGCUUCACAACAUAGCUGAGUUGAUUGGCAACAAAUUUGUUUGAUUUGUAAAUGUAAUAUCUUUAUUACAUAGCAGCACAAAUUAAAAUUUUUACCCCACAAACAUUUGACACAAAUUUUGUUAUAUUUGGGUCAUUGAUAUUUUCUAAACAAAGGCAGGACAAACAAAAUUUUUGCUGCACAAAUUAGUUGAUUAACAUAAUUUUUUAAAAAGAAUUUGCGGCAGCUGUUUGACCUUUUGUGACCUCUGAAAACAUUUGUUAAUUUCUUUAAGAUGAUAGCGGCACAAACAGAACUUUGUUGCUGCGCAGAGGUUUUACACCAGUUUUGUUAAAUUUGAAGUCAAGAAACUGACGCCAUGUUGGCAGGUAACCAGCCGCCACGUUUUCCCAGUCUUUAUUUCCUUUACGGCAGCUUCACGUGACUCUUGGUGAAACCGAAAAAGAAAAACGUUAGCGCCAUAGCUGAAAGAAAUUGUGAAACUGGCGCCAUGUGAGCAGGUGACAGGCCACCACAUUUCUCUCUGCUUUUUGUUUUUUUCCUUUACGCCAGCUUUACGUGACUCUUGGUGAAACCGAAAAACGGAGAACGUUGGUGCGUCAAACUCGACCUUAACGUUGCUUUACGUUCACAUCCAGCCCAGCCUACGCUUUACCCCGAAUGUAUAUUUUAAGAUAUCUAUUGAUAGGCCUAGGAUUAUAUUUUAUACUAGAAUGUUAAAUGUUAUAUACUGUAAAAAUCUGUUAUAGUAUGUAUGUGCAAUCCCUUAGUCUUAGUAUAUGCAACAGUUUGAAAUAUAUUAUGAAAUAUAAUUGCGUAUCUUUUUUUUUACUUUUAUUUUUUAAGGGAGAAUCCACCUGAAAAAUAUUAUUCAUAAAGUUUUGUUUCCCCACAUAUGAUGAAUGUAUUUGUUCAUUGGCCAGAUUUUAUUUUAUGAAUUAAAAUGUUUGAUGAAACUAAAGUGGGCGGGGCCAACAUUCGAACUGAGUUUGUGUUUUGGGUCGAUUCUCCCUUUAUGUGCACGACGCACGCACAAACCAAAGGUCAUGUUCAGCCCAGCUUCAUGUUUCUGGAUGUAACUGUUGAAUAAAAAUUAUAUUUAGUUGUUGGUUGAACUGGAUUCCCUUGCGAUGGAGUGUUGGACUCAUUUUAGAUGACAGAGAAACAAUAAAUCUAGGUAAAAAUUUAUGUAUUUACAAGAAAAAUUAUCAGUAAUAAAUGCUUAUUUUUCAUGACUUAAGUAAAGUUUCAAAUUUAUAAUAUAACUAAAAUGACAGUCAUAAAUUUGACCAUAAAUGCCACUUUAGAUGAAAGGAAAAUAUUUUUCAAUAAAAAAAGAUAAUUUUUUGAUUAAUGUCAUGUGUUUAACAGACAAAAGUGUUGAAAAAUUAUAAAUUUGCAUAAAAAAUACAGAGUUGUCAUUUCAAGACAUAAAUUUACAAUAUUAAAACUAAGAUGUUCUAUGACAGAUAGUCAUACAUUUUUGACCAAAAUCUUCUCAAACAGAAGUUGUAGAUUUUAGAAUAUCACAAAAUUAUUCCAGCAAAAUUUCUAGAUCAGUAACACAUAAGAUUUUUUUGAUUAAAAAGUCAUAAAUUUGCAAGAAAAAAUGCUAAUUUUUCAUAAUUUAAAACCAUAAAUCUGUGACAUUAAAACUUAAGAACAAAAAUGACCAAAAUCCUCUUGAGUUGAAGUGGUAAGUUUAGAAUAUCCACAUCUGGAUCCACAUCUGUUUUAAUGUAAGCUAUGGAUCUGGGCUCUUUUCCUGGAUCCAGAAGAAACACCAGAGUCAGAGAGGAACAUGGCUGCAUCGAGUCUGGAUGCAGGAAAUGUUUCUGUUCAAGGAAAAGGUGGAAAAUAUUGAAAUGCUUUCAUAAAUUUAAGGGGUUCUUUCAUCUGAAUUUCUGAAUUUUCCAAUGUUAGACAAAAUGUCAGCUUUAACAUUGUAAGUAUGGAAAAUAUUAAACUUCAGAUAGUUUUUUUUUAAAAUAUAAAUUCAGAGUUUUUAUUUGUUGAGAUUUCUGAAUGUUUUUAAAUCCUUGCUUUAAUAUUGUAAAUUUAAGCUUUCGGUCAUGGAAAAGUAUCAUUUUUGCCGUGUGACUUUAACAUUAGAGACUUUUUUUUUCUUGUAAAUGCGUGAAAUUUGACAAAUUUAUAUUUUUUAUUAAGUUCAAACUAGAACAGCCUUAAUACUCUCAUAGGAUUCAAGCGGAUGCUUUUCUUCAGUUUUUAUCUCUCCUGUUAUGUAAUGGGAUAUAAUAAUUAAUCGUGUUCAACAUGUAAUAUCCCUCAGAUUGGCUGUUUUGGGAGAAAUGUCUUUAGAGAAAUUGAUAUCAAGUACAAUAUGCACUGAUUCGUAAUGCAAUCCCUCGGUAAGUGCCUUUUUAAAACCGUUUACCAUCUGUUUAUUGUGUGGGAACCUCAGGGGAAGCAGGAGUGCAAUGGACUCUUUGUGAUAUUGUUGGAAAAACCUGAAUCAGUUUCCCUCCAAACGCCAUCACAACGCUUUUCCUUUUUAUCUGAAGCUUUUGUAAAGUCAGCUGGCAUUUUGUUUUGCAGUUUCGUCCCCCUUUGUGUUUGGAGUUUGUUUUUAUCAAUGUUCUUGUUUUUGUAGAGCUUUUGGUUUUACUGCAACUUCAUGUACAAAAUAGAAACCAUCAAUAAACUGGAUGGAAACUUG